AAUUAAGCCUCGCUCGGAGUGGAAGUGCGCCGGGCCUACCCGAGUCGACCAGUGCGUUUACACGCAGAGGUACAGUCGUGAAGCCGUUUAAGGGUCUCAAGUAACUAUAUCGUUUAUUGAUGGACAGGAAAUUGGUUUCAGGAUCGGGCAAGAUGGCGACAAUUAAAGCUCCUGAACCGAAGUCUUCGACGAGCACUGGUAAUGCUACCGAAUCUACUCCGCUCGUCUCCAAAAAUGGACCAGAGGAUCCGACGGGCCGCGAAGAGCGCGGCGGCCUAUCCAUGAAGCAAACUGUCCUUCUGAUAGCCGGCGAGAUGGCGGGCAGCGGAGAGCUGGCUCUACCGAGAGCGCUCGCUAGAACUGGAUGGUUCGGUGUCCCGGUGAUCAUCCUGAUGUGCGUGAUCGCUGCGUUCAGCGGCAAGAGGCUCGGCGACUGUUGGACCAUGAUCGAGGCUCGUGACCCCAAGAUGAGGAGCAGGCAGCGAAACCCAUAUGCUAUUAUCGCCGAACAGUCAUUAGGAAAAACUUGGAGUGUGGUAGUGUCAUGCGCCAUGAUGGUGACGCUGUUCGGCGCGUCGGUGGUGUACCUGCUGCUGGCGGCGCAGAUCAUCGAGCACGUGUUCCUGGCGCUGCUGCCCAAGAUGACCAUCUGCGUGUGGUACCUCAUGGUGGCCGGCGCCAUGACGCCGCUGCUGCUCUUCGCCACGCCCAAGGACUUUUAUUUUACGGGUGUGAUUGCGUUCGGGUCCACGGUGGUGGCGUGCGUGCUGUACUUCAUCCAGAUGAUGAACGACGUGACGCCCUUCGUCUUCCGCUACGGCCUGCACGGAUUCCGAGAGUUCUUUCUGGCUCUAGGAACUAUCAUGUUCGCUUUUGGCGGAGCCUCUACUUUCCCUACCAUACAAAAUGACAUGGCCGAUAGAUCGAAGUUCAGUAAGACUAUCCAGUACAGUUUCGGAGCAAUCUUGCUUCUGUACUUGCCAAUCGCCAUCGCCGGGUACGUGGUGUACGGCGAGGCCGUGUCGCCCAACAUUGUGACGUCACUAUCGUCGACGCCGCUCACCCUCGUCGCCAACGUGCUCAUGGCCAUCCACCUCGUGUUCGCGUUCAUUAUCAUCAUCAACCCCGUCUGCCAGGAGGUCGAGGAGCUGUACGAGGUGCCUAGAGAUUCCGUCGGCUGGCGCAUGAUAGUGCGGCUGUCGAUCAUGGCCGCGAUCCUGUUCACCGGCGAGAGCGUGCCGCGGUUCUACACGAUCCUGGCGCUGGUGGGCGGCACCAGUGUGGCACUGCUCACGUUCAUCCUGCCCGCCUACUGCUACCUCAAGCUCGUGGAGCACGCGCCGGCGGAACAGGCCGUCAGCCAGCCGGGCUGGAUGAAGAUGGCGUGCUGGCAGGUGAUCGCCGUGGGCGCGGUGGGCGGCGUCAUCGCCACCUACAGCGCCGUCAGCGCCAUCUUCAGCACGGCGCAGGCCACGCCGUGCUAUCUACGAUAAACAACUACCUGCACCCUUUCAACCUCAACAAAUGACUAAAAUCUCAUCUAGACCACGUGGUAACUUGCGGCAUGUGCUCCUUUGAUUGGUUGUACCAGGGUUGUACCCAUGUCUCAUGUAAGUCAAAAACAAACUGCCGGGGAGGAGAGGGAGGUUUGAAGGUUCCAUUUUUCGGUGCGGUACAAAAACAAAACGAAAGCUGAUUAAAGCUACAAGUUUAAUUCAGUUAAAUAACUCCUCUUCACGGUUAAACCGCUGAACCGAUUUAGUUGAAAUUUGGUAUAGAGAUGUUUUAAGUCCCAAGACAGGACAUAAGAUAGUUUUUAUCUGAAAAAUCAUACUUUGUAGGUGUGAAUUUUGGUGUGAGGAAAAUUCAGCUUCUUCGCCUAAGUUGAAUUCCUGAGGUAAAUACUGUUUAAGUUUAGGUUUGAAGUCAUGUUUGGUAUAAUUCUCAGCUAAAUCAAACAUGUAGACCAUCCCAAAUAUUAUUUUUACCUCAGCAGCUCGAACAAGCCUACUUUCGUCACUCCCUGAAAAGAGCGGUCCGGUCCGGUCCGGUCUCGUCUCGUCUCGUCUCGUAUCGUAUCGUAUCGUAUCGUAUCGUAUCUUAUCGUAUCGCACAUAUUAUAAUACUUUUUUUUUCUGUUUAUUCUGUGUAAUUCGAAAUACAUUUUAACCUUUAAUAUGUUCUCACUACUGAGGUGAAAAGUUAUGUGUGCAACACGAGAGCAAAGUUAUUUUACAUCUCGUGUUUUUGAGUCCCUCGCUACGCUCAAGUUUCUACCUUAGAAUCACUCGCUUCGCUCGUGAUUCAAUUAUAGAAUCUUUCGCUUUCUCGGGACUCAAAAUAAACACUCGAAAGAAAAACCAACUUUCCUCUCUUGUUGCACAAAUAACUAUUAAAUCCAAAAUUCCACCCCACUUUUCACACCCUCAAAAGUUGAUUUUGAUUAUAAACCUAUCCUAUGUACUGUCCCGGGACUCAAACCAUCCCUAUACCAAAUUUCAACGAAAUCGGUUCAGCGGUUUAAGCGUGAAGAGGAGUUAAAAAUAAGCAUGCGGGAUCCUAUUACUAAGACUCCGCUGUCUGUCUGUCACCAGGCUGUAUCUCAUGAACCGUGAUAGCUAGACAGUUGAAAUUUUCACAGAUGAUGUAUUUCUGUUGCCGCUAUAACAACAAAUACUAAAAACAGAAUAGAAUAAAUAUUUAAGUGGGGCUCCCAUACAACAAACGUGAUUUUUUUGCCGUUUUUUGCGUAAUGGUACGGAACCCUUCGUGCGCGAGUCCGACUCGCACUUGGCCGGUUUUUUUAAUUUUGUUUUUACUUAAGAAUGGUGUCAAUGUUGUACCAUAAAUGAAUUCAGCACCCCCGAUUUACACGAAAACUAUACCAAACCACUGACUUAUAUUUAUAGACAAGCUACCAAGAACCAUAGACUAACUUAUACUAGAGCGGUACUGUCAUAGUAAAUUUUGUAACCACAGAAAAUUCACUGCCAUCUAUCGACACACUUUAAAACUAAAAAUUAAGAUUUAUAAAAAUACGAUAAAAUGUAUUUAAAUAUGGAUAAAUGAUUUUUUUAUUUGCAUUAAUUAUUUUUAUGAUUUGGACCCAUGUUCUUUCACUGAUAUGCUUUAAAAUUGUUAAAUAACAAACGAUACCGUCAACGCCAUCUAUACGACAGUAGACCAAAGCUAGUAGCGCCCUCUGAACGAGAAUCAAAUUUUCUUGAUUUUCGAGGCACGUUUUUUUCUCUAGACUGUAUCCAUCUAUUACGGAGUUAUAUCUAUCUUUGCAAGAACAAAUUGUGUCAGCGAAGUAUCCGCCAUUUUUUGCGUUUGACGUAUGUCACUAAGCUAAAGACCGUCCGUGACGUACUAAACGCAAUGAAGUGCAUGCACUUCAUUGAGGUGCGGAAACAUUUUCUUCGAGAUGCCGCCUCUAGUGUAUACAUAUUACCUCAAUCCUCAAUGUGCAACCAAACCCGGCUUAGCAGCUUCACUGAUGUUGAUAAUCAAGAUAAAAAUGAGAGCCCUAAAUAAACCUUUAAGAGCGGAUAUCUCAAAAACUAUACAAGAUACCGAAAAACUUGUAACAAAUUAAAUCAUUUUUUGUAUAAGUGGCCAUGUCGCUCAGCUCAGACGCAUAGUUUCCGAGAUAAAAAAAAUUGCACCAGGGUUGCGGGCGGGGACUUGAUAUGUUCACCUCCUACCUAGUCCAAACAAAGCUACGAAGUCAAAAAUUGUGUUCCAAGCAUUUCCCUCUAUAACUUUUCCUGGCCUAAUUGUGUAUGUGCUAAAAAGUAUUUGUACGCGCCAUCAGGCUGAAUUUCUACUUACUUAAGUUAUGAA